CAGUACCGAGCAGUAUCGUACACGGACAAAACAUAGUAUAAAAAUGUAGCUGUAUUUAUUAAAAAGAUUUUAUAACAUAACUUUUCUGACUUUAAUACACGUUGCUUUAAAUUUGAUAAUGUGAAUGGCACUAUCUCACUGUAUAAAACAAAGUGCAAAUAUUGAUGUGCGUAUAAAUGAAGUUGUUAUGUGUGACAUAACCUGAAAAUUAGACUUCUUUUGACAAGAGAGCAAAGACCUAAUUAAUUAUGGAUCCGCAAACUCAACAGAAGAUUUUGCAAUUUGAGACCUUUGUAAACGAGGUGCUAAAAAGUGAUCUUGCAAAAUUAGCUGAAAAAUUGGACGCUAAAAAUGCCGACGUCGCUGAGUUUCUACAAUUGAAAUCAGUGAUAACGACGUUUCAGAAUACAAACGUCGAAAAAACUGGUUUCAAGACUAAAGUGGAUAUUGGAAAUAAUUUCUUUAUUCAAGCACACGUCUCAGAUGCUUCCAAAAUUUUAUUGGACGUUGGUUUAGGAUAUUAUGUCGAAUUUACUUUGGAUGAAGCACUAAUCGUUAUAAAUGUACGGAUCAAAUUAUUAGAACAGCAAAUAGCUAAUUUGCGAAAAGAGAUUGCGAGGACUAAUGCUCACAUCAAGUAUAUCCUUCUUACUAUCAGAAGUAUACAAGGGCUUGAAGAAAAUGACUAAUAAAAGCUAUUCUAAUGAAUAAAAGACGAGUUAAUAUAAGAAUUGAAGAACGUAAUCUUACUUUUUGUGUAAACAAAUAAAAUCAUAAGCACAUGUUACUGUAAUAAUUACACAUAAUAUUUUUAUAA